AUCUGCCGGUUAGACGGUCUUUGGGCUCGCCGGAGGGGCGUCGCCGCCGCUCUCCGCCACCGCCUCGGCUCCUCUCUCGCUAUGGCGCAGAUCCUCCCCAUCCGCUUCCAGGAGCACCUCCAGCUCCAAAACCUGGGAAUAAAUCCGACCAGCAUUGGAUUCAGCACAUUGACCAUGGAAUCUGACAAGUUUAUAUGUGUCCGAGAGAAAGUCAGAGAGCAGACUCAGGUAGUGAUCAUUGACAUGAGUGAUCCAAUGUCACCAAUCAGGCGACCUAUCUCUGCAGAAAGUGCCAUCAUGAAUCCGGCGUCUAAGGUGAUAGCUUUAAAAGCUGGGAAGACACUCCAAAUAUUUAAUAUUGAGAUGAAGAGUAAAAUGAAGGCUCACACUAUGGCAGAAGAGGUGAUUUUCUGGAAAUGGGUGUCUGUGAACACUGUUGCCCUGGUGACUGAGACCACAGUAUACCACUGGAGCAUGGAAGGUGACUCCCAACCCACAAAGAUGUUUGAUAGACACGCCAGUCUGGCAGGUUGCCAGAUAAUCCACUACCGGACAGAUGAGUGCCAGAAGUGGCUGCUCCUCAUUGGCAUCUCAGCUCAGCAAAACCGUGUGGUUGGGGCCAUGCAGCUCUAUUCAGUGGAUAGGAAGGUUUCACAACCCAUAGAAGGCCAUGCCGCUGCUUUUGCAGAGUUCAAGAGUGAGGGGAAUGCCAAGCCUACCACCCUUUUCUGCUUUGCUAUACGCAGUCCUGCUGGGGGCAAGUUACACAUAGUUGAAGUUGGACAGCCUGCAGCAGGAAACCAGCCUUUUGUAAAGAAAGCUGUGGAUAUAUUUUUCCCCCCAGAGGCCCAGACUGAUUUUCCAGUGGCUAUGCAGGUUGGAGCAAAACAUGGUGUUAUUUACUUGAUCACAAAGUAUGGCUAUCUUCAUAUGUAUGACAUAGAGUCUGGUGUAUGCAUCUACAUGAACCGCAUCAGUGCUGAUACAAUCUUUGUAUCUGCUGUGCAUGAAUCUACCUCUGGAAUUAUUGGUGUCAACAAAAAGGGACAGGUACUGUCAGUUUGUGUUGAUGAAGAUAACAUUGUGAAUUAUGCAACCAGUGUGCUUCAAAAUCCAGACCUUGGUCUGCAUUUGGCCAUUCGUAGUAAUUUGGCUGGGGCAGAGGAAUUAUUUGUGAGAAAAUUCAAUACCCUUUUUGCACAGGGAAGCUAUGCUGAAGCCGCCAAAGUAGCAGUAUCUGCACCAAAGGGAAUCCUUCGCACUAGUGAUACAGUAUGGAAAUUCCAGAGUAUACCCUCCCAACCUGGACAAACUUCUCCUUUGCUCCUGUACUUUGGGAUACUGCUUGAUCAGGGUCAACUCAAUAAACUUGAGUCCUUAGAACUUUGCCGUCCAGUCCUUCAGCAGGGGCGCAAGCAACUCUUAGAAAAGUGGCUGAAAGAAGAUAAGCUGGAAUGUUCAGAGGAGCUUGGAGAUUUAGUAAAAACUACUGACCCUACAUUGGCUCUGAGUGUUUACCUUCGGGCAAAUGUACCAAGCAAAGUUAUCCAGUGUUUUGCAGAAACAGGCCAAUUCCAGAAAAUUGUGCUCUAUGCCAAAAAGGUUGGUUAUGCCCCAGACUGGAUCUUUUUGCUGAGGAGUGUGAUGAGAAUCAGUCCAGAGCAGGGCCUACAGUUUUCUCAAAUACUAGUAAAAGAUGAAGAACCAUUGGCCAGUGUUGACCAGAUUGUAGAUGUUUUCAUGGAAAACAGUUUAAUUCAGCAGUGUACUUCCUUCUUGUUGGAUAUCUUAAAGAAUAAUCAUCCAGCUGAAGGACACCUCCAGACUCGAUUAUUGGAGAUGAAUCUGAUUCAUGCACCCCAGGUUGCAGAUGCCAUCCUUGGUAAUCAAAUGUUUACUCAUUAUGAUCGGGCCCACAUUGCUCAACUUUGUGAAAAAGCAGGCCUCUUCCAGCGAGCACUGGAACACUACACUGAUCUCUACGACAUCAAGAGGGCUGUGGUCCACACUCACCUCCUCACUCCAGAGUGGCUUGUCAACUUCUUUGGCUCCUUGUCAGUGGAAGAUUCUUUGGCAUGUCUGCAUGCUCUGCUGUCUACCAGCAUCAGACAGAACCUUCAGCUGUGUGUGCAAGUGGCUUCCAAGUACCAUGAGCAGCUGGGCACGCAGUCCCUCGUGGAGCUCUUUGAGUCCUUCAAGAGUUACGAAGGCCUCUUCUACUUUCUGGGCUCAGUUGUGAACUUUAGCCAAGAUCCAGAUGUGCACCUGAAGUACAUUCAGGCUGCCUGUAAGACGGGACAGAUCAAGGAAGUAGAGAGGAUAUGCCGCGAGAGUAAUUGCUACAACCCUGAGCGGGUGAAGAACUUCUUGAAGGAGGCCAAGCUCACAGAUCAGCUUCCUCUCAUCAUUGUGUGUGAUCGCUUUGACUUUGUCCAUGACCUUGUCCUAUAUUUAUACCGAAACAACCUACAGAAGUAUAUUGAAAUCUAUGUUCAGAAGGUUAAUCCAAGCAGAAUUCCAGCUGUGAUUGGAGGAUUGCUUGAUGUGGAUUGCUCUGAGGAAGUAAUUAAAAACUUAAUCAUGGUAGUAAGAGGACAGUUCUCAACAGAUGAACUGGUGGCUGAAGUAGAAAAAAGGAACAGACUAAAGCUGCUGCUACCCUGGCUGGAGGCACGAAGUCAUGAAGGCUGUGAAGAGCCUGCUACUCACAAUGCACUUGCCAAAAUCUACAUCGACAGCAACAGCAGCCCUGAACACUUCCUGAGAGAGAACACUCACUAUGAUAGUCUAGUGGUCGGACGCUACUGUGAAAAGCGGGACCCACAUCUGGCCUGUGUGGCUUAUGAGCGAGGACAGUGUGACCUUGAGCUCAUCAAGGUCUGCAAUGAGAAUUCUCUCUUCAGAAGUGAGGCCCGCUACCUAGUACGCAGAAAGGAUCCAGGGCUCUGGGCUUAUGUGCUUGAGGAAACCAACCCAUCCAGGAGACAGCUGAUUGACCAGGUUGUACAAACUGCAUUAUCAGAAACACAGGAUCCUGAAGAGGUUUCAGUCACUGUCAAAGCAUUCAUGACAGCAGACCUUCCUAAUGAACUGAUUGAGCUUCUGGAGAAGAUUGUUCUGGAUAACUCUGUCUUCAGUGAACACAGGAAUCUCCAGAAUUUGCUAAUCCUGACUGCCAUCAAGGCAGACCACACACGGGUCAUGGACUAUAUCAGCCGCCUGAACAACUAUGAUGCCCCAGACAUUGCAAGCAUCGCUGUCAGCAGUGCACUAUAUGAAGAGGCCUUUGCUAUCUUCCGAAAGUUUGAUGUGAAUGCCUCAGCAGUUCAGGUCCUGAUUGAACACAUUGGAAACCUAGACCGAGCAUAUGAGUUUGCAGAGAGAUGCAAUGAGCCAGCUGUGUGGAGUCAGCUGGCCCAAGCCCAGCUCCAGAAAGACUUGGUAAAGGAGGCCAUUGACUCCUACAUCAGAGCAGAUGACCCCUCAUCUUACCUGGAGGUUGUUCAGGCAGCCAACAGGAGCAACAAUUGGGAGGAUCUGGUUAAAUUCCUGCAGAUGGCCAGGAAAAAAGAUCAUGAAUCCUAUAUAGAGACUGAACUAAUUUUUGCCCUGGCUAAAACCUGCCGUCUCUCUGAGCUAGAAGAUUGUAUUAAUGGACCCAACAAUGCCCACAUCCAACAGGUUGGAGACCGCUGUUAUGAAGAGCAUAUGUAUGAAGCUGCCAAGCUGCUCUUCAGCAGUGUUUCUAAUUUUGCUUGCCUGGCUUCCACUCUGGUCCACCUUGGUGAGUAUCAGGCAGCCGUGGACAGCAGCCGCAAAGCCAACAGCACACGGACAUGGAAGGAGGUGUGUUUUGCCUGUGUAGAUGGGCAGGAGUUCCGCCUCGCACAGCUGUGUGGUCUCCACAUUGUCAUUCAUGCAGAUGAGUUGGAGGAGCUGAUAUGUUAUUACCAGGAUCGGGGCUACUUUGAGGAAUUGAUCUCCCUGCUAGAGGCAGCUCUAGGCCUGGAGAGAGCCCAUAUGGGCAUGUUCACAGAACUCGCCAUUCUCUACUCCAAAUUCAAGCCACAGAAGAUGCCGGAGCACCUGGAGCUCUUCUGGUCCCGUGUCAACAUCCCAAAGGUGUUGAGAGCUGCAGAGCAAGCGCAUCUCUGGGCAGAACUAGUAUUCCUUUAUGACAAGUAUGAGGAGUAUGACAAUGCUGUCCUCACCAUGAUCAAUCACCCUACUGAUGCCUGGAGAGAAGGGCAGUUCAAGGACAUCAUUGCCAAGGUGGCCAAUGUGGAGCUCUGUUAUAAAGCCCUAAAGUUCUAUUUGGACUACAAACCUCUGCUUAUGAACGACCUGCUAGUUGUGCUGGCGCCUCGGCUGGACCACACACGUACUGUCAACUUCUUUUCAAAAGCAGGCCAGUUGCCCCUCAUAAAGCCUUACCUUCGGUCAGUCCAGAGUCACAACAACAAGAGUGUGAAUGAAGCACUCAACCAUCUGCUGAUAGAAGAGGAGGACUAUCAGGGGUUGAGGGCAUCUAUUGACGCAUAUGACAACUUUGACAACAUUGCCCUGGCUCAGCGGUUGGAGAAGCAUCAACUGAUUGAGUUCAGGCGCAUUGCUGCUUACCUGUACAAGAGUAAUAACCGGUGGGCCCAGAGCGUGGAACUCUGUAAGAAGGACCAUCUCUACAAGGAUGCCAUGCUGCACGCUGCAGAGUCACGGGAUGCGGAUCUAGCUGAGAAGCUACUGCAGUGGUUCUUGGAGGAGGGCAAGAGAGAGUGCUUUGCAGCAUCUCUCUUCACCUGCUAUGACCUGCUUCCACCAGACGUGGUGCUAGAGCUGGCCUGGAGACACAACCUGGUUGACCUGGCCAUGCCCUACUUCAUCCAAGUGAUGAGGGAGUACCUUAGCAAAGUGGACAGACUAGAUGCCUCAGAGAGCCUGCGCCAGCAAGGAGAGCAUGUGGUGGAGCCUGCUCCUCUUCUGUUUGGCCAGCAGCUGAUGCUGACAGCAAGCCCUGCUGCAGGCCCAGCCCCUGCCAACUUCCCCUAUGGAUACACAGCCACUCCUGCUCUCACCCCGCCUCCCGCAUAUGGCUUCAGCUCAUAGUGGACGCAGCAGCAUCACCCACCUCCCCUUACACACACACACUGAAUUAUUUGCCUCCCCCCGGAUGCAGAGAACACCCUGGCGGGUGGUGGAAAUUUUUUUGCUGGUAAUGCUGAUGAUGGCUGCCUCUGGCCCCAAGGCCUGGGGAGGCUAGGGGGAGCCACUGCUUGCACCAGGACAGCUCCAGCUGCCGGCCUGCCUCAGGAGCUGUUGUCUGUGGUGAUGCCUGGUGCUUGGCGGAGGCUGCCCUGUCCACACUGGCUGAGCUGCCCCCUCUUGGCCGCUUUGUAGACAGCUGAGCAGACCUUACUUAUAACCUGGCUCAGAGCCUCCUACCUAUCAUGAAUAAUAAAAGUCGGUUUAUCAAGGCAAA